AUGGAAAUCCGACCGCUGGGGCAGCACGCGGAAGAGGCUGGAGAGGGCCCGGAAGGUGUGAAUGUGUUGGAAGGAGCGCGGGCAGGGGACAGGCUGUGUCUUCUGAGCCCAGUGCCAACUCACCGGGAGCCGGCGGCCACGCCCAUCAUGGCGUCAGGGAGCAGUGACCCCUACUGCAUAGUGAAAGUGGACGACGAGGUGGUGGCCAGGACGGCGACUGUCUGGCGGAGCCUGAGCCCCUUCUGGGGGGAGGAGUAUACAGUGCACCUGGAGCUGGACUUCCACCAUCUGACCUUCUACGUGCUGGACCAGGAUACAGUGGGGCAUGACGACGUCAUUGGCAAGAUCUCGCUGAGCAGAGAGGCCAUCACCGCUGACCCCCGAGGAAUUGAUAGCUGGAUCAACCUGAGCCGUGUGGACCCCGACGCGGAGGUGCAGGGUGAGAUCUGUCUGACUGUGCAGAUGCUGCAGGAUGGGCGGGGCCGUUGCCUCCGCUGCCACGUGCUCCAGGCCAGAGACCUGGCCCCCCGUGACCUCUCCGGCACAUCAGACCCAUUCGCACGUGUAUUUUGGGGCAGCCAGAGCCUGGACACUUCGACCAUCAAGAAGACCCGCUUCCCACACUGGGACGAGGUGCUAGAGCUGCGGGAAGGGCCGGGGGGCCCGGCCCCACUGAGGGUGGAGCUCUGGGACUGGGACAUGGUGGGCAAGAACGACUUCUUGGGCAUGGUGGAGUUUUCCCCUCAGGUCCUGCAGCAGAAUCCCCCCAGUGGCUGGUUCCGCCUCCUGCCCUUUCCCAGAGCUGAAGAGGAUUCGAGGGGGAACCUGGGUGCCCUGCGGCUGAAGGUGCGUCUCAGCGAGGACCGGGUCCUGCUCUCCCAGCACUACCAGCCUCUCAGGGCGCUGCUCACGGAGGCCGUGCUGGGGCCAGCAGAGGAGGACACUGUGAGCCCCCUGGCCGUGCUGGAGGAGCUGACGGUGGGGGAUUGCCGCCAGGACCUCGCCACCAAGCUGGUGAAGCUCUUCCUUGGCCAGGGUCUCGCCCUGCCCUUUCUGGACUAUCUGACCCGACGUGAGGUGGCACGGACCAACGACCCCAACACCCUCUUCCGUUCCAACUCCCUGGCGUCCAAGUCAAUGGAGCAGUUUAUGAAGCUCUUGGGCAUGCCCUAUCUGCACGAGGUCCUGAAGCCGGUGAUUAACCGAGUCUUUGAGGAGAAGAAGUACAUUGAGCUGGAUCCGUGCAAGAUGGACCUGGGCCGCAGCAGGAGAAUCUCCUUCAAGGGUGCGCCCUCGGAGGAGCACGUGAGAGAGACCAGCCUGGGGCUGCUGACCGGCUACCUGCGGCCCAUUGUGGACGGCAUCGUGGACUCCGUGGGGCGCUGCCCGCCCGCCUUGCGCCUCACCUUCAGGCAGCUGCACCAGCGCGUGGGGGAGCGCUUCCCCCAGCCAGAGCACAAGGACGUGAAGUACCUGGCCAUCAGUGGCUUUCUCUUUCUGCGGUUCUUCGCACCUGCCAUCCUCACUCCAAAGCUGUUUGACCUCCGGGAGCAGCAUGCGGACCCCCAGACCAGUCGCUCACUGCUUCUGCUCGCCAAGGCUGUGCAGACCAUUGGAAACCUGGGCCAGCAGCUAGGCCAGGGCAAGGAGCUGUGGAUGGCCCCCCUUCACCCCUUCCUGCUGCAGAGUAUCUCACGGGUGAGAGACUUCCUGGACCAGCUGGUGGACGUGGCUGGGGAGGAGGAGGCUGGGGGGCCGGCCAGGGUCCUGGUCCCACCCUCGGUGGCUGUUCGAGAAGGUUACCUGCUAAAGCGCAAGGAGGACCCCGCCACCCUGGCCACUCGCUUUGCCUUCAAGAAGCGCUACUUCUGGCUCAGCGGGGAGACCUUCACCUACUCCAAGAAUCCUGAGUGUCAGACGCGUUGCCUCAUCCCGGUGGCGAACAUCCGCGCCGUGGAGCGCGUGGACGAGGGCGCCUUCCAGCUGCCGCACGUGAUGCAGGUGGUGACGCGGGACGGCACGGGGGCCCAGCACACCACCUACCUCCAGUGCAAGAAUGUGAACGAGCUCAACCAGUGGCUGUCGGCCCUGCGCAAAGCCAGCGCCCCCAACCCGGACAAACUGGCCACCUGCCACCCCGGUGCCUUCCGAGGUGCACGCUGGACCUGCUGCCUCCAGGCAGAGCGCUCAGCUGCCGGCUGCAGCCGCACACACUCGGCCGUCACCCUGGGGGACUGGAGCGACCCACUAGAUCCCGAUGCUGAGACCCAGAUGGUGUAUCGGCAGCUGCUCCUGGGGCGCGAUCAGCUCAGGAUGAAAUUCCUCGAGGAUUCCAACCUGGACACCCCUGUGGAGGCAGACCCAGGCCCGGGCAGCGAUGCUGGGGAAGGGGGCUGUACUGAAGUCCUGGCCCGGCAGAAAGAGGCAACUGCCCGCCUGUUGGAGGUGCUUGAAGACUUGGAUAGAGCCCACGAGGAAUUCCAGAAGCAGGAGCUGAGAAAGGCGGCCCUAGGCCCCCUCAGGCGCUGAGAAGAUACCAGCAUCAGCCUGGAAGGAGUAGAAAGCCCUUGGACCUUUCUCAGUGUACCCUGGCUCAGAAGGCUCCUCAGGACUUUCCUGUUGCUCAUUGAUGCUAUGGCUUGGAGGCUUCUGGAGAUAUCCCAGAACCUGAGGCACGGAAACCCUUUGGCAGGAGGCCAGUCUCGCACUGAAAAGUCUCACUAUCUGGGCAGAGGCAGACUGGAAAGGAUGGGAUAAGGUGCCCACCUCACUGAGCUCAACCUGAGGCUCCUGUCGCACGCCUCUCCCUGCCCCAGUGGGCUGGGUGGGCUCUGAGCUGCUGGAUACAGCUGGACCUGAAACCCUGAUGCCCAUGUGUCCUUGUGGUCCAUAGGCACUAGACAGGCGCAGCCCUUCCUGUUCUCACGUCUGCCAAUCUCUGCCAUCGAAUCUCCUGAACCCUGCCUUUGGCUCAGGGCCCCCGCCGUAAGCACCCAGAGUCAGAGGCCUUUAGGAAGAAUUGAGGCUGGGAGGCCAGUGUGCCAGACUCAGGCCCUUGGAGCCGGGAGCUUUUGGGGUGGCUCCUUCCCUGUCUUUGGAUGUCUGUUUGCCCUGUAUAAAGCGAGGAAGG